CUCUCUCUCUUUCUUACUAUGUUCAACCUUGUAUCUACUACAACUAUAUAUAACCCUAACCACAAUACCAAACCCAAACUUCACUCAUUUUUUCCCUUCUCUUAAAAAAAACCCAAAACCCUAUUAAUACCACAACAUCAACUAAUAUCAUCACCGUUGUGUUCAUAAUGCCACCAAAUCCACCCAAGUCAUCCCUCCUGCUCCACCGGAUCAACCACAACGGCUUUCAUGUAAAGCCCUCCGCAGCGGUGCCAGACGCUGUGGCACGCUUCCACACCCAUACCGUAGCGCCGCACCAGUGUUACUCUGCGGUGGCGCAGGAGAUCUCAGCCUCCGUCGCCACCGUGUGGUCAGUGGUGCGGCGCUUCGACAACCCGCAGGGGUACAAACACUUUGUGAAGAGCUGCCACGUCAUCGGCGGGGGCGGCGACGUGGGCACGCUCCGGGAAGUCCACGUCAUCUCCGGACUCCCUGCGGCACGGAGCACGGAGCGGCUGGAGAUCCUGGACGACGAGCGCCACGUCAUCAGCUUCAGCGUGGUCGGCGGGGACCACCGCCUGGAGAACUACCGCUCCGUCACCACGCUCCACGCAGCUGCCGCAGACGACGGCGCCGGAACGGUGGUGGUGGAGUCGUACGUGGUGGACGUGCCGCACGGGAACACGCGGGAAGACACGCGCGUGUUCGUGGACACCAUCGUGAAAUGCAACCUUCAGUCGCUGGCGCAAACUGCGGAGAGCUUAACGCAACGAAUCAACAACGAUUACAAGUGCUGUUCCUAAUUUUCCCAUUUUUACCUUUUUUUUUUCUUCUUCUUCUACGAUUUAUGGAUCAAUAAUAUAUAUAUAUAUAUAUGGUGUUUGUUAAUUGAGUAUUGUAUAUGUGUAUAUUGUGAUUAUUACUGGAUUGCUGUUUCAUAUUUUUCGCUGAAAAAGUGAAAAUUAGAACAGGGUUUUUGUAAGGCCGGUACUAUAUCUCUCAUUGUAGUAUGUUCAUAAAAUCAAGGAGUAAUAUUUCCUUUUUAUA